AUGUCAUCUCCUCCUCCUUUGUCGUUGAUCACGCUAAAAUAUGUGGUUUUUCGGAUGAGCCUUCCCUUUUACCGACCUGUCACUUUAACCGAAUUGUCAUCCUUUUAUGGGGAUUUGAAUGCGGUAGGGAUUACAAAAUAAAAAGUACCUUUUCAGAGUUCCGACUUUACCGAUGUCCGUGCUGGACUGAAUUCAAAGCAAAGAUUAAAGAUGAAGAAUAAAAAAGUUCACGAGAUAGGGAAGAUCGUGGAUUUGGUGAAUAUUAUCAUUAGGUUCAGUGAGAAAAAGGAGUCCCCCAUCAAUGAGGUCGUUGACAUUGGAGCCGGGCUGGGACAUCUGUCGAGAGUCUUGUCCUUACUAAUUAACAAAAAAGUGAAGACAAUAGAAGGAGAUGGUCAAGUGAGUUCAUUAUUAAUGUUAACCGGAUCUUCCAGCUGGUUCAACGAGCCCAGAAAAUAGAUUCUAUUGUUUCUGGAGGAGAAACAGAAAUGCCAGCUCGCGUGUCUGCCUUUAUAAAGUCCGAAGAUGAGAUCGACGACACGAAAGACGCAUUGUUGAUUGGUGUCCACACUUGCGGAGAUCUGGCCCCAACUAUAAUCAGACAUUUCAAGAACAAUAAGUCAGCCAAAGCACUCAUACAUUUUGGAUGUUGUUAUCACAAAAUGAAUGGUGGAUUGGACAAGUUAUUCAGAGAUGAAACGAAAGAAACAUUCCGGCCAUCAGACAAAGGAUUCCCAUUGAGUGAAAAAUAUAAAAAUGAGGAGAUUAGUUAUGCUGCAAGAGAAUUGGCUUGUUUUAGUUAUGAUCCGUUUGUGACCAAAAUUGGAGAGGUAAGGAGUCAAUGGUACACUCAAUGUUUAUAGAACGACAACCAAUUCUACGUGAACGGUUCUCGAGCAGCAUUGGAAUACCUAAUUGUAGUUCUGCUGGGACGUAAUUCAUGGAGACACAAGAGAAUGGUCGGAGUGAAAAAUGGAUUCAGAAUGGAAUUCUGGGAAUACGCCAAGUCCACAGCCAUUCAUCAUCCGGAAAUAAUAAAGAUACUCGAUGAAAUGGUACGUAAUCAAAGAUCUAUUUAAUACUGACUUUUAGAAACAAAGUGAAGAAAUCGGAAAAAAGGUACAAGGAUUGCUGGAGAUCAGUCGAAUCCAAGUCCCCAUAUUCUAUUCCCUUCGACUUCUGAUUGCUCCUCUCAUCGAAACCCUCAUUUUACACGAUCGGGUACAAUACCUUGAAGAAAACGGGAUCCAGACAAGGCUGAUUUCACUCUUUGAUCAUCGAAUUUCACCUAGAAACGUUGCUCUCGUUGCCAUUAAAUAA